AUGCCUCACAGAAACAGAAAUAUCAGGCACGGAACCGUCGUUUUGCCGUCUAGCGGCCGUCGCGUCAACCGACAUGUAACUUUUGCGCGCCCGAGAAGUGUUGACGGUAACGACAGCAGCACGGAUUCCCCACACGAUGACGACGAACAUCAUGAAGACGACGGCCUGCUUCCUAACGGGAACGGGCAUUCUAACGGACGUGCAAAUGGUUAUGCGAACGGCCAUACCAAGGUACCCACGUGGAGGCAGAACUUACGGCUUCCGCCUUUUCUCAAACGGUUUAUUGAGACUUGGAAGCUGAAGGAAGUGCUGAAAUGUGCCUUGGCAUACUUUCUCGGAUCAAUGGGAACCUACAUACCGCUUUUUGCAGCACUAUUUGGCAAGAACGAUGGGAAACAUAUGGUCGCUACUGUUGCUGUAUACUUCCACCCAGCUCGAACUCGAGGAAGCAUGGCUGAGGCGACCAUGUUCGCUACAAUAGCUGUUCUGUACUCCUGCUUCAUCUCGGCUGGAACGCUCGGCACUGCAACUCUCUUUGGUCAUAUAGGGCAUCCUGCAAUAGGUCGUAUCAUCAUCUUGUUGGUCUUUUGCGUAGGAGGUCUCGGACUGAUAGGGUGGACAAAGUUAAAAAUGGCCAGUCCGACUGCCAACGUGUCCUGCAGUCUUGCAUCCAUUAUAAUCAUUACCACCCUGACAAAAGAUGUUGCGACCCAACAAGGGAUAUUCAACAUGACCAAGAUUAUGCAAACCGUCGCAAUGGCUGUCUGUGCGAUUGUCAUGUCGACGACCUUGUCUAAUAUUAUGUGGCCGAGUUUUGCUGUAACAGAGUUGCGAAAGUCCAUGGUUAACUCUACUCGUGCCUUUGCUGAAAUGUUAGAAGGGAUUACCAAAGGAUUCAUUGAUGGGUCUGAAGAGCAUUUGCAACAACCAUCGUUCAAGAAGGCCGCUGCGGAUCAUAGAAAGACCUUCACGGACCUGGCCAAGCACUUGCACGAGGCGAAAUUUGAACAUUACAUGAAGGGAACUGAAGUUACAUACGGACUUGAGCUACGUCUUGUCGAAUGUCUUCAGAGACUCGCACAAGCCAUUGGUGGUUUGCAGAAUGCUGCUAGUACUCAGUUCUCCCUUCUUGAGCAGAGUGAUCAAACGGACCCGUUUCUGUCUGAAUAUCCAGAACUACAGGCCUCAUUUACAGGUUCUUUUCUACAAACCCCAUCCGAAGAUGUCUCUCGGGACUAUUUUGAUUCUCCUGUGGAUGCGAGACCUGGCACAUCGGGUACCACGCGCACUACGGGUACGAUAGGCACCACAGGUUCAACGGAUGGGGCUCUUGUAGUCGUUACAGGCCGUACUUUAUUUGAUCAAUUUAUAGAGCAUCUUGGACCUUCUAUGCGAUCCUUGGCUGUCACUCUCAAACUCAUGUUAGAUGAACUCCCAUUUGGAGGGGGCACGGACUACACCGUCAGUGUGAACCCUCAUUUCCGCGCUAGCCUUCGCGAUGCAUUGGAACUCUACACCGAAAAGCGUAAACUCGCCCUCGACCAACUUUACAACCAGCAAGACAUCUCUGGUCGAAAAUCUGCAGAUUUGGCUGCAGACCAGGAAGAAAUUGCUGCCAGUUGUGGUCACUUUGCUUACUCCCUCGAAGACUUUGGAAAAGAACUUUUCGACCUUCUCGACAUACUUGACCAACUCGAAGGUCUCCAGGAACUACCCCUCCCCAAGACAUGGCACUGGCUCAACCCUAUCCGCCACAUCUUCAGAAAACCAAACGAAGAAAUAGAAGAUGGCGACCGCCAUAUUGACCGUGUUCUCCCGCAACAACUUCCAGGCGGACUCUCUGACGUCAAAGUCCUGCAAGAAGAAAUCGCCCGUCGUGAAAAUAAAACUCAUAAUGCCCUAGGCUACCGCAUCUGGAAAGCCCUGCGUAUGUUCCGCCGCGAUGACGUGAAAUUCGCGUUCAAAGUUGGCGUAGGCGCCGCAAUUUACGCACUCCCAUCAUAUAUCCCAUUCACACGUCCCCUUUAUAGCCAUUACAGAGGCGAAUGGGGCCUUGUAUCCUAUAUGAUUGUGAUGUCCAUGACUCUGGGGGCCACAAAUACCUCAGGCCUCUACCGUUUCAUCGGUACUAUAAUCGGCGCCUCAGCCGCCGUAUUCUCAUGGUGGACAUUCCCAGAACUACCCUUAAUCCUAUCCCUCUACGGCUUCGUUCUUUCCUUCCUCUGCUUCACAUUGACCCUGAACUACCCCGCCAAAGCCAGUUUCAGUCGUUUCAUUCUCUUAACCUAUAACAUCACCGCACUAUACGCCUACACCAUCAGCAUCAAAGACGAAGACGAAGACGACAACGACGAAGGUGGUAAAGAUCCUAUUAUUACGGAAAUCGCUUUACACCGUGUCCUAUCCGUUUUAGCGGGUGUAACAUGGGGUCUCAUAAUCUCCCGUUACGUCUGGCCGAUAUCUGCGCGCAAGAAGCUUAGAGACGGACUUUCGGUCCUUUGGUUACGAAUGGCAUUAAUCUGGAAACGUGAUCCGUUAAACUACCUCGUCGAAGCAGCACCAACAGAUGUAGCAGCUUACAUGAACAUCACGGAAGAAAUCCAUCUCCAACAGGCUUUACUACGUCUUCAGUCCUUACUUGCCCAAAUUCCCUUUGAAUUCCGUCUUAAGGGACCCUUUCCUAUCGAAGACUUUUCAGAAAUCCUCACAAAUACGCAAUCGAUGUUAGACGCCUUCCACGGUAUGUCCGUCAUAAUUGCGAAGGAACCACAGUCUUCCACGAGAGAAAUGGAGAUACUGGCAUUCACGAAGAACGAACGUGCGGAGUUAUGUUCUAGAAUCUUUCAAUUGUUUUAUGUUUUAAGCAGUAGUAUGAGAAGUGGGUUUCCGUUACCGGAGACGCUACCGAGUAUUGUGAGGAGCAGGGAUAGAUUGUUGAUGAAGAUUCAUAAGUUUAGAGAGAGGGAUAGAGGGGCUGGAGAAGGGAGAGGGGAGAGUGAAGAGGAUUUCGCAUUGAUUUAUGCUUAUGUGUUACUAACAGGAAGGGUUUCGGAAGGUCUGGAGAAGUGUGCAAGAAGCAUCAAGGUUUUGCAUGGUGUUAUUGACGAAGAAAUGUUGGAGAUCUCAUGA